AUGUGCGAGACUUGCCAUCAAUGGCAAUACAAAGCAAAUGAUUCUUGCUAUGAUUGUCCUCCUCUCUGUGCUCAAUGUGAUAGUAAAAAUAAAUGCAAAUCGUGCAUUAACAAUGCAGUAUUAAAUUCUGGAAGCUGUGCUUGCUCUCCUGGAUACAUAGGAAUAACUGAAUGCACAUUUAUCCCCUUUAAUGUCAGUCUUGUUGUUAACAAAAAUAAUACUUUAGUCCUAGCCUUCAGUGACAUGCUAAAGAAAGGUUUAAAUCAUGACCAAAUUAUGAUGCAAAUUCAUAAUAAUAAAAUUCUAUCAUGAUCAAUUUCUCAAAUUUCAAGCAAAGAGUAUUUAAUAUCAUGUAAUUUUGAUGGAGGGAUUUUCAAGGGCACUACUAUUAUAGUACACUUUAUAAAUUCUACAAGCAUUGUAUCGGUUUCUGGAGGUGUAAUCCACGAAGAUUAUUUAUCAGGCUCUUUAUAUGAAUCUUUGACUUCUGAAGAGCAAGAAGUGGCUCAAAUUCAAAAUCAAGUUUCUUCUGGAGUAAAAAUUUUGGUUGGAUCAAGUGUAGUUUUAGCAAUGCUCAAUCCAAACCCUUCAGCUCUAUGAACUAUGCUGAACACUAUUCAAUUUAUUUCCUACAUACCUUAUGCCAGAUACCCUUUAACAGACAAAAUUUCUGCAUUUUUUAAGUCAAUGAGCGAUUUCAAUUUAGUUCCAAAUUUAUUUUUAUUAUUUAUUGAUACCAAUCAAAGUAACCCACCUUAUUAUCAAGCCAGAAAAUAUGGAUAUGAUAGCUUAUUGAUACUUUUAAAUGUGUAA